AAAAAUUACGCUGACAGAUUUACAGUUCUUUCUUAUAUAGACAAAAAUUGUAAAAUUCUUAGUUACUGAAAAAGUUUAAUUUUUAAAUUUAUUUAUGGGCAAAAUGCCUUUUGAGGAUAUUGCUAGCGCAUGUCUCGAUAGGGCUGCCCAGGCAGCGUUGCAGUAUAUCCUCUUGCAUUUUUGCCCAAUAAUAUCAAAUUAUAUACCCUUUCUUAAAAACAUAGAAAAAAGACAAAUUUGUUCUAAAAAUAUAAAUUCCUCUUUUUCUAACAUCUUUAUAAGUUAAUUCAAAUUGUCGCGGGUUGAACGUCAAAGAUGGCUGUGGAGAAGUUAUAUGAGAGUGAUGAUUUCCUCAUAGUGAAUAAACCAUACGAUAUGUAUAUUAAUUCUGACGAUGAAAACGAGAAGAACACCUUGGUAUGUCAAAUAGCUAGCCACGAUUCACAUUUAUCAACAUCGUCUAACCCGCUUCAUUUCGUCCAACGUCUCGACUACGCCACUAGUGGUGUUAUUUGCAUCGCCAAGACCAAAACAGCGGCAGCCCAAGCGGGGAAAUUGUUUGAGAAGAGAUUGACUAAAAAAUAUUAUGUUGCGGUCGUAAGGAAACAUUUAAAGUUUGAGUUAGCAGACAUAAAGUAUCCCAUAGGCGUGGAUCUGUCGCCGGAGAACAGUCACAAGAUGGCGACGCAGACUGCUGAUACAACUUGCGGCUCUCCGAGAGAGGCUCUCACUCGUGUCCUCUUGUUGGAGACAGGGUUUUACGGUUCGGACCCUGUUAGUGUUGUGCUGCUGAAACCGAUCACUGGUCGCCGGCAUCAGCUCCGUGUGCAUUGUCUCUCCAUCGGCCACACUCUACUCGGAGACUACACGUACAGCGCUCCGGUGGACACUGUGCCGCAUAGAAUGUUUUUACACGCGACCAGACUGGUACUACCACUCCAAAAACAACCGCUCGAUGUUCAGACUCUCAUUCCGUUCUUCAGCGAUCCACAGUUCACCAGCAAGUGGAAGACCUGUAAAGUAUAUUAUAAAUACAGAACUAGAGAGGACUUUACAGCCGCCUGUGACGUCAUCGACAGGAGUUAUACGGUUGGUAUAAAAUAUGACGAGUACAGUGCUAACAAGAAGUUGUGAAAUUUACCGGUCUUUGUUUUUUAUCGGUUUUGUGCUACUAUUAAAAAAAUUGGCGGCAUUUUAUAAAUGCUCCUGUUA